GACGUCGACGUAGGUGGCGUCUUAUCUUCGCUUGAAAUGUGUUGCCUUGACUGCGAUUAUCAACAACGAAGACAAUUCUUGGGUCUCAUGAUUCAUCAAAUUUCACUUUUUCAGUGGACGAAUCCUAGAGAGGCAAAUCCAGGCUUGGAAACAGAUGUCUCCCUCUGGUGUGUGCCAGAUUGAUGCCUACAGUACUUUAAUUGCAACACAACUUGAUUCCACCUCUUAUUCUAGUGAGCUGUACAAAGUGGAUUAAAAUGUCAGAGGUAAAAGAAGAAGACCAUUCCACUGCUGUAGAAACUCCAGAGGAUAACAACACCGUUCAAGUUGUGAUAGAGCCUGCCACUCCAAGGGAUGGGAAGAGAGAAAGUGGCAGUGUAAAGGAAAUCUUAAAAACGGAAGAUACAGAACAGACUGAAACACAUGGAAAAGAGUCUUCUGAAAAAGCCUCAGAAAAUGAAGUAAGCAAUGAUAAAGAAUCACCAGCAGCAGAUGAGAAUUCUAAUGAUAAAAAUGAUAAUUCUGAUGACAAUACACAGGAAAAUCAUUCGGAAGUGAAUCAACCUGAAGAAAACAACAAGAGACCUGAUGAGGAAGUGACAGAUGUAAAUGGCUCAAACACAGUUAUUCAAAACUUAUCAGAAAACAAGGUUCAAGAUGAGAAGGAAACACUAGUUGGUAAGGUAGUGAAAGAGGGAGAUGAUAAUACCAAUGACAAAGAUUCUGCACCUGGAGGUGAUGAGGGAGAUCAGACAAAAUCUGAGAGUUCAAACGUAGAGGAAUCAGCGCCUCACAGCGAUACUGAACAUGGAAUAGAGGAAAGCAGUCAUGAAACAAUCAAAGAAGAUAAUGAUAAUCAAACUGAAGGAUCUUCUUGUGAUUCAAAGAAAGAUGGUGACUUCCAAGUCACUACUGACAUUCUCACUGAAGAUAUGGAAGCAGGGCAAAAGGGUCAUGAAUCAUCUAUUUCAGGAUCAGUCAGUGAUAAAGAGAGGACUGUUAAAACCCCAGAGAGUAUUGCUGUGUCCGUAGACCUACCCGUCAACAAUCUUGCCCCUAGCCAAUCCAGAAUGAGCAAUAGGCCCGUUACGGCUGAAUCCGAGUUUGUGUAUAAUGAGCAUGACUUUCCAACUCCAGACUAUGACAUUUAUGGACCUACACCAACCACAGCGGGAAGUGAUAAGAGACAGUUUAGCCCCAGUAAACGGGAAGGUCGUACCGCUAGCAGAGGAGAAGGUGCAAAGAGUGUUACAUUUGCAGAGGAUGUUAGCAUAGGUGGUGAAGCUGAUGACAAGGAUCCAACUCAUGUUUUGGAUAAAGAGGAACCUGAUCAAGAUAACCAAGACAAAGAGAUGACAGGGGAUGAGAAACAGGAGGAAGAAGAAGGAAAAACUACAGAGCAGGAGGAUGAGGAAAGCAGAGAUAUAUUUCCCACUGCUGUCAGUGAAGAGAAGAUUGAGGAAGCAAAGAAAAAACAAGAAGGUUUGACAAAGAAAGAAAGUUUGGCAAUUGAGCUGUUUGGUGCGUCAAAGUUUGAGCCUGAAUCAAUGGAAGAUGUCAUUACAAAAAAGGCAUUCCAACAUUUUGAAGUUGGAUGUCGAUUGAUGGAUGACGGUGACUUUGGCCAAGCAGUGAUCAGUUUAGAUAAAGCUCUUAAUCUUCUUCCUAAAGAAGUCAAGUUUUAUUUGAUGAGAGGAGAAGCCUAUCUUCAGCUUUGUGAUUUUCAGUCAGCCAUUCUUAAUCUAAAGAAGGCGUGUGUUCUUCAGCCAGAUAAUCAUGAGUAUUAUGCAAGACUGGCAUUUGUUUAUUACUUUCAGGGCCAGAGUUUGUUUGAUCAAUGUUUGUUUCCUGAAGCCCUGGAAUCCUUCUCAAGAGCAGCUGAAAUGAGGCCUGAGAUUAUAGCCUACCACACCAGAAGCAUUGCCUGUUUAGCAGCCUUACAGCGACAUGGAGAGUGUCUGGCAUUGGUGAAUAAAAGACUAGAAACUGAAAGAAACAAUCCUGAUCUAUACAUUAUGAGAGCAAGGCUUCAUCAACUCUUUAGGAAUACGACACUAUGUUACUAUGAUUUGAAGGACGCCCUGGCCCUGAAUCCUGAUCAAGAAGAAGCAAAGAUUUUGAUGAAAGAACUUGAGAGGAAAGCAGAGGAGAACAGAAACCAUGCCAUUAGACUUCAACUUCAAGGAAAGUUCAAAGACAGUCUCACAAAGAUCACCAUAGCCAUAGAGAUGAAUCCUUCAGUGUCCGACUACCAUCUCCAGAGAGGAGCUCUUCAUCGGCGUCUCCAUGACUACAAUGCUGCAAUCGAUGACUUCCUAUUGGCUAUGGAUAAAACUGAACACAACGAGUACAGCAACAUCUACACAGAUGCUCAGCGACAGCUUCUGCUAACAUAUAAUGACUUUGCUGUGGAGUGCUUUAGUGGAAACCAUUUUGAAGAAGCCAUUUUACUUUUGAAUAAAGCAUUGAAAGGAGAGAAGAGAGAAAAGGGUCUCUAUAUCAACAGAGGAGACUGCUUCUUCCGUCUUCAAGAGCUUCACUUUGCUUUAGCCGACUACCAUCAAGCUUCAGAGCUUGAUCCCUCAGACGCUGGCAUACGGUCCAGAGUAGCAGCUAUUCACAAUCAGUUCGGUUUACAGGAUUAUGAAGAGCAUAGUUACCAGGAUGCGGAAUCCAGAUUUACUAUUGCUAUACAACAUAACCCAAAGCAUGGAGCUUUCUAUAUCUCACGCUGUAAAGUCAGACUUAUGAUGGAGAAUCAGUCAGGAGCAAGACAAGACUUUCUGAUGGCCCUUCAUCUGGACUCAUCAAACACGGAGAUCCUAACUCUGAUGCCCCGUAUCUAUCCUGGCAAGUCAGUCGGUGAUGUGAUGAGAACAAAACAUGCCAAGGAGGCCAAGAUAGCAGCUGAUAAUGCCGUCAUCACUGCUUCACCAAUCGUUCUACCAUCAAUGAACAGUUCUGCACAGAAUAGUCAAGAGGAUCUAGGUGCCACCAGUAAACGAGUUAACUUUGAUCCUGAAUUAGCAUCAGACACAGUCGUCCCACCGCUGAAGUACUGUAUGAAUGAACAGGACUUCAACAGAGCUUUGACCAAACAAAAGAGAAAGAUUUCCAACCAUGUGAAGUCACUUCUCAAUGACCGAGGAACAAUGCGUGCAGAUAAACUUAAACUGAAUCCCAUACCUCCUCCUAGACCUUAUGAGGUGAGGGGAGGUCAUUGGAAGAACCCAGAACCUGCCAUCAAACCAGGAUGGAGAACGUUCAGUCUUGGUGUCGGACUCAUGGAUUAGAUUCAGCUAUUAACCUCCAAUGCAAUUCAGCCUUGGUAUUGGACUCAUGGAUUAGAUUCAGCUAUUAACCUCCAAUGCAAUUCAGCCUUGGUAUUGGACUCAUGGAUUAGAUUCAGCUAUCAACCUCCCAUGCAUUCAGCCAUGGUAUCGGACUUAUGGAUUAGAUUCAUAUAUCAACCUCCACCUCCCAUGCAUUCAGCCUUGGUAUCGGACUCGUGGAUUAGAUUCAGCUAUCAACCUCCUAUGCAUUCAGCCUUGGUAUCGGACUCGUGGAUAAGAUUCAGCUAUCAACCUCCUAUGCAUUCAGCCUUGGUAUCGGACUCGUGGAUAAGAUUCAGCUAUCAACCUCCUAUGCAUUCAUCCUUGGUAUCGGACUCGUGGAUUAGAUUCAGCUAUCAACCUCCCAUGCAUUCAGACUUGGUAUCGGACUCGUGGAUAAGAUUCAGCUAUCAACCUCCUAUGCAUUCAGCCUUGGUAUCGGACUCGUGGAUAAGAUUCAGCUAUCAACCUCCUAUGCAUUCAGCCUUGGUAUCGGACUCGUGGAUUAGAUUCAGCUAUCAACCUCCUAUGCAUUCAGCCUUGGUAUAGGAAUCAUGGAUUAGAUUCAUGUAUCAACCUUCCAUGCAUGCAGCCUUGUGGAAUAGAUCUCUAUAUCUAUAUCAACUAACCAUUGUAUUCAGCUGGAUGGAAUAGGAAAUAGAAUCAUGGUAUAAAUUCUUUCAUCAUUCUCCCAUGCAUUCAUCCUCGAUAUAAGAUUUAUAGGAGUGUUUAAUUAUGUGCAGAAACGCUAGCUUAACUUAAAUGAUUGGUGUAGUAUUGAUUUAAGUAAUAUCCAUCAUUAAAAUUUGAAUUAUUAUGAUACCUUUAAUUGCUCUGAAUAUGCAAUAAGCCAGUACAGUCUCAUGCUUCAGUUUAAUGUAUAGAGAUUUAUAAAUAUCUCUUUGAAUUAAUAAUAUACUUGUGAUGAGGAAAUAUGGGUCAAAGUCACAAAAGUAUAUGAAAAAUAAAGGGGCCUUUUAAUUAUGUUGGACCUUUGUAAUUACUUGACUCGUAAAUUCAACCUACUGAUAUGCAAUUUUCUGGACUUGUGAUUUUGAUGUGAAAAUGGAUCAUAAUACAAUCUCUUGUAUUAUGCCUUUUUCUUUAAUAUUUCUAGUACAUUUUUGCCUUACAAAAUAAUCCAGAUCUAAUCCAGGGAGUUUUACAAGCUACAAAUAACUUAAUGAUUGACUGGAAUACAGAAAACCAAAAUGGAGUAUUCAGCCAUUUUGAUAGCAUUACCUAAGGUAUGGGGUGUUAAAAAAUCUGGAUUUAAUCUUUGUUCAUUCAUAAUAAAGAGAAAAAAUACUUGCACUUUGGCUGUUCGUAUGCAGACCUGCCAACCAGUACGUUUUUGGCGUAUUUAGUACGUUUUUGCAACCAAAAUACAGUAGUACGUUUUUUCUUUUUAAAAUAUGUUUUAGU